UGUGGGCUUUUAUUUUGAAAUAGUUGCAGCCGGAUGUCACGUGUUCUCCUUCUCUUGUGAUGAAGGACAAUGCGGAAGUAAGCUGUCACCUGCAAACACUCAUGGACAUUAAACUAUGUAAAAAUGUGAGUUUUGAAGCGGCUCUCUGGUAGCUCAUGGCGGCAGAGGAGGCCGGGCCUCUGGGCCGGGUCCCAGCCUGCCUGUGCGUCCUCUGCGGGAUACCUGCUGCGGGGAAGACCACGCUGUCCGCAGAGGUCCUCAGCACCGCUGCACAGCACGGAUGGAGAGCCAGUGUGGUGCCGUAUGAUGACCUGAUCCCCGAGCAAGCCUUUCAGACCAGAGGGGUGGAGGACGGUGCCAAAAUGGAAGAAAUGACUGAAUGGAAGCUGCACAGACAAGCAGUUUUGCACUGCAUCCAGCAGUUUUUGGAGAAACCUGAAGUUCAGCCCGAGCUGCCUUACAGCUGUCAGAUCAACAGGGCUGCGUGGGAACGGUGCAUUCGAGCUCUGCUGCAGCCUGAAGCUGUGGAUCACUCUCAGGCUGACGGGGCUCCACUUAUCUUUCUGCUGGAUGACAACUUCUACUAUCCAAGCAUGAGAUAUGAAGUGUACCAACUUGCAAGAAAGUAUUCGCUGGGUUUCUGCCAGGUGUAUCUGCAGUGUGAUCUGGAGUCCUGCAUCAGCAGAAACCAGAGCCGGCCUGAGCCCAUUCCCACUGAGGUGAUACUGGAGAUGGUGAAGCGUCUGGAGCCUCCAAACCCUCAGAAGAACUCGUGGGAGACAAACAGCAUUUCACUGGACACCACACGCAAUCUGUCCGGAUGUGACAUCCAGAAGGUGAUGGAGUUGAUCUCCUCGGCGCUGAGCAACCCGCUCAGCCCAAUUGAGGACAACGCUGAACAAAUGGAGGCAGAUCGCCUCAAAUGUGCCACCAGCGUUGUUCACCAGGCUGACCAGGCGUGUCGACGGCUCAUCUCUGAAGCCAUGAAAACAGCCAGAGAAGAUCAAGUUCCCCCCGAGCACAUGAGGUGUUUGGCCACCGAGUUGAACAGAUCCAAAGCAACAUUUCUUCAGACCCUGCGGAGACAGCUGCUUCAGGAGGCGCCUUUCACUCGAGAAGAGGACGUUGACGUCGAGCGUGUGGUGAAAAGAGCGGUGGACGUUUUUGAUCGCGAGAGGAGUGACAUCCUGUUGAGAAUCAUGAAUGAAAAUAAAUGACUUGAAUCCUCACAAAGUUUUACAAAGGCAAGUUUAAUCGCAUAUGUUGAACCACUUACUCUUCAGUUUGUGGACCGUUGUGGCAAGAGGUCAAACAAAGAAAAUCACCUGAAAUAAAAAAUGUUUUUUCCUUAAAAUGAA